AUCAAUCCCGAGAUGGAGGAGCUGCGCCUGGAGCUCGACCGCUUGCGCCUGGAGAGGAUGGACCGCAUCGAGAAGGAGCGCAAGCACCAGAAGGAAUUAGAACUGGUGGAGGAUGUCUGGAGAGGGGAAGCACAGGACCUUCUUACCCAAAUUGCACAGCUGCAGGAGGAGAAUAAACAACUGAUGACAAACUUGUCUCACAAAGACAUUAAUUUCACAGAAGAGGAAUUUCAGAAGCAUGAAGGAAUGUCAGAGAGAGAGCGGCAAGUCAUGAAGAAGCUGAAGGAAGUGGUAGAUAAACAGAGGGAUGAAAUCAGAGCAAAGGACCGGGAACUCGGACUUAAAAAUGAGGAUGUAGAGGCUCUUCAGCAGCAACAGAACAGGUUAAUGAAAAUUAACCACGACCUGCGGCACCGGAUCACUGUUGUGGAGGCUCAGGGGAAGGCGCUGAUUGAGCAGAAGGUGGAGUUAGAAGCAUAUCUGCAAACUAAGGAGCAGGAGAUGGGCAACCUGCGAGCAGAGCUGGGGAAACUGAGAGAAAAACUGCAGGGUGAGGACAGCCAAAAUGGGGAGGAAGAGAAGACAGAACCAAACAAUGAUGACUGCCUCUCAGAGUCAGAAAAGAUGGCAAUGGACUUAAAAGAUCCAAAUCGUCCGAGAUUCACCUUGCAGGAGCUCCGGGAUGUCCUUCAUGAGAGGAAUGAAUUGAAAUCGAAAGUGUUUUUACUUCAAGAGGAGCUUUUAUAUUACAAAAGUGAGGAAACAGAAGAAGAAACUAGAUCCCCUCAACCUACACCCAUAAUUCAGUCAAAGCCCUCAACUCAGCCUGAAUCUGGAAUCAAACGCCUGAUCUUUACAGCCAUAAUGCCCAUGGUAGCAGCUGGAUUGAUUCCAGACGAUCCCACAUUGCAGCCAAUAAGAAGACUUGUGUCCCUUGUUUAGUUUCUUCUCUCGUGAUAAGAAACGUAUGCAGGCAUCCCAGAAAAGUGUUCACUUCCAGGAUACUUUUGGAGAAUGGUCUAAUUCAAAUAGAGAUGACUCCUACACCGAGCAAGGACAAGAAGCCCUGCAGCACCUGUGACUAAAACCUCAAGGUGUUCAGUUUACCGCAGUAGAUCUCGACACUCUAGUAACAAGAAGCUUCUGUAAGCAAAUCCGGCAGCUCAUCACUUUUCCUUCCCUUGCACACCUCCGCGGCUGUGUCCAGAUGUACUCUUCAGAAGGGAUCCCUUGCUGUUUACAUGGUGCCUGUUUGCUGAAAACAGAAUCCAAGCGUAGUAACAGUCGCUGAUACCCUGGGACAUCGAAGCUUCUAGAUGACUUGUUUUGUGAUGAAUAACAAGUCUAUGGUCUUGUUCAUGCAUUAACUACAGUAACACAAGCUUCUUUAA